CCAGAAAAGACUCCGUCGCUGUGUUUGUAUUUGUCCCGAGCAGUCACAUGGAAACGGGCUCGCCGCGCGCCUCCGCCUCCCCUCGCCUAAACUUCAGCACCGGCUCGGAGCGAGGAGCCCGCGCUUCAAAACGGGUCCGUUUCGCCAGGCGCCAGGGGGCGGCCCCUGUAAGGCAGCGGCCAUGCCCGUGUGACAGCGCGGAGCCGGGACUAGGCUCGGCCCUCCCAGCCUUCAGAUAGCCAGGGGAGGAUGGCUCAGCCAGAAGGGAGGACAGUGUGAAUGAAAGGAGGAGGAGGAGAAAGGCAUCAGCUCAUCAUUUCCCCCUCCCACCCCCAAACUGGAAUUGUAUCAAGCCUUUCAUUCAGUGGAAAGGAGUGAGCCAUCCAUGGAGACUCUCGCGUCUGGGACCAAUAAACCUCCCAGCGGUGCGCGUCCUCACCAGGAGUGCUUCCUGAAGUGGGGCAUUGUGAGGCAGUGACAGCUGGAGCUCGGCAGACCUAGGGCUGACAACCUCAGCUGUGCACAUAGGACUCACUGUUGGAGCCUCUACUCCACCCCCGAGGCUGACAGCCAACAUGCUGAUAUCUCAAAGCAUUUUGCAAAGCAGGGAGAAAAAUGAAGGCUCGAGCUCCCCCUCCACCAAGUCAACCUCUUGCUGCAAGUCAAAUUCAGAGUGAACAGAAGUCACUCUCAGAGCUGGGAGUAAUCCCUGACCAGAGCCUGGUGACCAUGAAAGAAAAUCUGAUAAACAGGACAGUGGACUUCACAGUCGUUUUACCAAGUGGUGUGGAACAGAAGAACAAUGUACAUGGGAGUAAAGCCGUGAUGGAUCUGUUGGUGGAUUUGUGCAGCCGGUACCACUUGAAUCCAGCUCACCAUACUCUUGAGUUGAAGGCUUGUGGGAUGGAACCUUUGAGUUAUAAGCCUAAUACUUUGGUUGGGGCGCUGGAUGUACAGACAGUACUUCUGAAGGAGAAAGUUCCUGAAGGGAAGACAAAACGACCUCCACCUAGGAUCCCUGAGAAAUCCAUGAGGUUGGUAGUGAAUUACCUGAAGACACACAAGGCUGUGGUUCGAGUUAGUCCUGAGGUGCCUCUGCAUAGCAUAAUCCCAGCCAUUUGUGAAAAGUGUGAGGUCAGUCCAGAGCAUGUCGUCCUCCUGAGGGACAAUAUCACCGGGGAAGAGCUGGAACUUACAAAGUCCUUGGACGAGUUAGGGAUAAAGGAACUGUAUGCCUGGGACAGGAAAAGAGUUCUUCCAUCAAAAACUCAGUCUGAACCUUCUCUAAGCUAUAGAGAAACAAGUCAAAAUUCUUCAAUAAGCAACGACGCAGCAGAAAAAGAAAAGAGAGGAUUUCUGGGAUUUUUCAAAGUUAAUAAAAGAAGCAGCAAGACAGAAGAUCAUUUGAGGAUGGACGGUAACUAUGGGGAUGAGGAUGGUUUUAGUUCUGCAACUGCUAGUGAAAGGAGCUUGGAUGGCUUUGCAACAGCUCCAAAUUCACCUUCAGUGAAUUCACGUUCCAUUACGCUGGGUCCAUCACUAUCUCUUGGCAACAUUUCGGGAAUGACCGCCAACCCAGAAAUUAAAAAACGCAGAGCACCUCCUCCACCAGUGGCAACACCCCAUUUGCAAAGUAUGGAGACAAGUGGAGUGGCAAAGACGACAAUGCAGAUUCCGCAAGGGGCAACACAGAAUGAUUUACAGAAAAAAAAGAGACGAGCCCCUCCACCACCGACUCCUCCUGUUCCUGUCAUGCCAAACAGAACAGAAGAAAAGGAAGACAAGAGGAAGAGCACAGUGGGUAAUGGACGACAGGUGCCACAAAAGCCUCCUAGAGGCAACACACGUGGUCCACCCCAGUUAGUGAUUCCCCCACCCCCACCUUACCCUCCUCCUGAUACAGACAUUAUGGAUCCAACUGACUAUUACAGUGAAGCACCAGAUGUUACAGCACCAACAAACCUGGUACCUAAACAGAGCCUGCAGCUUGCACAUGAUAAUAUUUAUGUUGUGGAUGAUAUGGUUUUGGAACUAUCAGAGGUAGAGGAGACAACAUCAGUAAGCAGCUGUUUUGCAUCAGAAGACACCACUGAAGACUCAGGUGUUGUGAGUUCUCCAUCUGAUGUCGUAUCUUUGGAUUCACAAAAUGACAAUAUGAAAUUGAAAGACAAGCCAGUGAAUGGUCAGGAGGACAAUACUGAAAGGGAUGGAACUUACGCAGCAGAGUUGUGCUCUGUGAGGAAUACCUCCUGCGAUAGCAACGAUUCUGGAAAUGCUCACCAGAGUAGCAGAGAUGAAGAAACGACUGCAGCUAAGAAUGACAAUGAGGAUGUAUUCAUUGCUGCACGACUCCAACAGACUUUGGCUGAACUGGAUGAAGAUUUAGAAGCAAUGGAAGGUAUACGUUAUGAAGCAGAUAAUGACUCUGUAUCAAACCACACAAAUGGGGCAUCCAGCCCGCAUUUCAGCGAUGCAGACACUGCUCAAGAUGCUGCCUUUGUUGUUCCAGUAACAAUUAUAGAUGAGAUUCUGGAUAUUAACGCAGUAGGUCCAAUUGAAGAUGAAGAGAAUGCAUUACUCCCUAACGCAGAUGAUGAAGAUAUCUCAGCUGAUUCCAUUAAUUUAGGGAACUUUACAAAUAAUAACAGUGCAGGGUCUUUUGAUAAAAAACAUGUAGAUGGUGGAUCUCGGAGUAUAUCCAUGGACUUAAUUCACCAACAGUCCUCUGACGAUGUAUCUAAACCCCUGCCCGUAGAACAGAGGCGAGAGAUGUUUGAAUCUCUUACAUCCUCGUUUGAAAAGAGAAAUGAAAACAACCUGGGACUGGAAAACACCUAUAAAGAUGGUGUUAGUUCUGAGGAAUGCAAACCCAUGCUGAUUUCUUCUCACCUCAAGCCUAAGACUCAAAUCCACAUAGCAAGCGAGAAAACAAAUCCAUUUAAUGAACAAAAUAGUCAGGAAAGAUUCUUGAACAAAAUGAAAACAGAAUUGGAAUUCAAGCCCCCAUCAACCAAAACAACUGAGGAGAAAGAAGAUAUCCUGUCACCACCUCUGUGGAGUCAUCGUGCCCCUAGUUCUGUAACAAGCUAUGAACCUAAAGUAGGUCUGACAACCUUUAAAGUUGUCCCUCCCAAACCUGAAAUAAAAUACUUCGAUAGAGGUAAUUCCUUCUCCACUGGUGCCAUUAAGAUAGAUGACCUAGGCAACCUGAUGAUUCCAAAUGCUGGUAAGAAGAACAUGUCAGAUAUUUCUUCCAGUGAAACUGAGGAACCUCUUAUUGGGAGAGUAAAGGAAUUCUGGAGGUCAAACUCUUCAGGAAAACAAUCUGACAAUUCUAUAGAACAUAAUUCUAAAAAGUCAAUAGUCAAUGUGAGCGCCAAACCCUUUAAUUCAAAAUCUGAAAGCAAACCUGUCUCUCUAACAGAUCCAAAACCUAUACCAUCGCAACCAGUUACUUCAAAUGUGGCUGAAAGGCAUUUUGAGCUCGAAAGAAUCAAACCACCUGUGCCAGCCACACAGUCUCAGGUAAAAACGUUAGUGUCCCCAACAAUUACCAAGGAUAAGACAGAGUUCCCAUUUCUAAAGCCUUAUAAAAGAACAUCAAGCCAUUAUGUUGCCUCUGCCAUUGCAAAACGCCUAGAUCCACUUACGUUUAAGACUGAUUUGAUAGAGAAGCAUGAUAAAGAGGAGAAUAAUCAUGAAGAAAAAUUGAUAAAAACUGGAACAGAACCUCUCCCCAAAGGAUGCAUUAUUAUGGCCAAAAACAGCCCUAUGGAAAUAAAACCAGCAGAAAUGAGAGACUCUUAUUCAAAUAUUUUUACUUGCAGUCACACAGCAUCAAAUAGCAGGUUGAUGCUUGGUGAUAAUUCUGCUGUGAAAAACAAAGCAGUGAACAUCAGGUUACUGAAUCAGACAACCCCUGUUGGUUUCUAUAAACGGAGUAUCAGUGUACCAACUAAAUCUUCUUCAAAGGAUAACAGGACUGCAGAAGGUGAUCACAGUUUUAACAAGAAACCUAGUAUAGUUGAUAAAAACACACAUCCUUUGACUGAUCAGAAAUGUGAGAAGACGGACCAUACUAAUUCUUCCUCAUCAUUCACAUCACCUGAUCUCCCAGCACCUACAUCCUCUUCCAGCUCAUUGUUGAGGCCCACUAAAUGGCAUCCUGCUAACAAUAUACAAACUAAUUCUUCGGAAGCAUUGUCGGAGCUAAAUAUUACGCCUGUGAAUAACCACAUCGUUUCUCAAAGGGAUGAGAAGCCUGACAGUAUAAAUAAAUCUGAUGUCACUGUACAGACCGAUAUCUUUGGGCCAAAGAAGAAGUUUAAACCCAUUGUCCAGAAACCAGUUCCAAAAGAUACAUCUCUGCACAGCACUUUAAUGGAAGCCAUUCAGACUGCAGGAGGAAAGGAAAAACUCCGAAAGAGUUCAGACAGCAUGAUAAAUGGAAGUCAGAAGAAAUCCUCAUAUGCUGAGCCAGAGAAUGAGCAUUCAGCCCUGCUGGCAGCGAUCAGAGGCCACAGUGGCACCUCAAGACUAAAAAAGAUCUCAUCAUCGGCCUCUGAAGAGCUGCAGAGCUUUAGAAACGCAGAACUGUCCUUGCAAAAUAAAGAAGCCUGUCAGGCAGAGCAACUUUGGAUCCCCCCUCCACCUGUCCUGCCGCCGCCACCACCUCCUCCCAGCCACAAGUCAAUGACAGCUCCUAAAUUUCCUGUCACUGCUACCAGUAACCCUGGGGAGGCAAGAGAGGCCCUAAUGGAAGCUAUUCGCUCUGGCGCUGGAGCAGCAAGGUUAAGAAAGGUCCCUCUCCUAGUUUGAAUCAUGUCUAAAGAACAGGUAAUUGGAAAAUCUAACUUCACACACACACACAUAAUCAUCAUUCAAAGACUGAAGUGGCAAAGAACAUCAAGAAGUUUAGUUUAUUCUCCUGUCUACGGGCCAAAAUAAGUUGCAAUUGAGUGUACCUGCAUAAUGAUUCUAAGGGGAAAAUAUGAUGCUUUGCUGCACAGUUUCUGUGCCAAGGACGUGUGUUUUGCCUCUAAAUAUUUAAGAUUGCCAAUAAACGAUUGUUGGCAGAUUAAUAAAAAUAUAAACACUGUGUAGUCCUACAUUAACACUUAAUGGUGUAUUCGGGGAAAAUAAAGAUUUUUGCUAUCUGUGUGAACAAUAACAUUCAUUCAGUCUUAAGUUGUUUAAAAUAUGCAAAUGUUUCAAACAAUACACUUGUUUCUUACUCUUUGAUUUGGACAAAAUAGCUAGAACCAAUAAGAAAAAAAGCAAGUAGAAUAAAGAUCCAUCAAUAUUAAUCACAAGAAAUAAGUUGUGGCAGAUUCUUAAUUGCCUAAAUUUGCCAUAUGCUGUUAUGUUAUGUAAUUAUGUGAGUUUUAUAUCUCUAGAACUCUCACUAAGCAGGUAAUCAACAGUGAACAUGAGAUAUACUGAACCCAUUCAUGACACUGUGAAAGUGUUGUGAGAUGUGAAAUAAAAAGGACCUUUACUUAAAGCCUUCACAGUCUCUAAAGUAAUGUUUCAAAACACUGCUUAGUCUUUCAGGAUCUGGGACUCAUUCCUGCCCUCUGAAACGGAGGUGUGCCCACUCACAUAUGAAAGAGCAGGACCAAGUCUGUGGGUCAGAUCCUGAGCUGGUGUAAAUUGCACAUAAUCUGGCCCCUUGUUUCUAAUUCAUGAUGGCUCUAGUGUUGUCUCACCAUUAUUUAUAGCAGCUUAUUUUACAAAUAUUAACUACUUUGGUAGUUGACAUAUAUUUUGAAAAUAUUUCAUUAAAUUGAAAUGAUAACUUCAGAAGGACAGAUCAGUCAACAUUUUUUCAUAUUUACUAUAUUGUAAUGAAUCUGAGGAAGUGAGAGUUUGUAUAUUUUAAUUUUUUUAUAAUAAUUUUCGCACUGUACACAGCCCAGAAUGGAUAUAUUUGGGUGGGGGGAGGGUUUCAGAGCUGGAGUUUAAAAACAAAGCUGUGUAGUGUGGCUAAUGUUAAAAAAAGAGAAGGACUGUUUAGCCAUCUGUACUUAAUAUGACUGUAUGUUACAUAUUGUAAAAUAUUCAUCUG